AUAUUGAACCUAUUACCAUCAAAUAGAAACCGAUUGAGCAUGGUUAUGUCCUUGAUUAAGGCAUUUGAAUUGGAUCAAUAUUUUAAACAAAUUCAGGUGAAAAAUACUAAUAAAGUUGAACUAUGCAAAUUUCACGAUAAGGACUAUAUUAAUUUUUUAUUAAUGGAAAGAGUUGAUAUCGACUCAGAUUUUGACUCUUUAUCAGAUGAUGAUGAUGAUGAUGAUGAUUCCAUUAUACAUGACCAUGAAUUAUAUGAUACUGAUAAAAAAAGAUUAAUAUUAAAACAUUAUGGUUUAAUCUAUGAUUCUCCAUUAUUUCCAUUUUUACCAGAAUACGUUAAAAUAUUAGGUGGAUCAACACUUCAAUGCGCUAAAUGGAUUAUAAACAAAUAUAAAAAAAAUGAAAAAAGUCAAAUUAUUGGAGUAAAUUGGAUCGGUGGAAGACAUCAUGGCAAAAAAUCAAAAGCUGCUGGGUUUUGUUAUAUUAAUGAUAUUAAUUUAGGUAUCAUUAAACUUCGAACCAUGUUUCCAAAAAUUGUUUAUAUAGAUUUUGAUCUUCAUUAUGGUGACGGAGUCUCUCAAGCAUUUCAAUUUUCUCAAAAUGUACUAACGAUUUCAUUACAUCGAUUUGAUGGAAGGUUUUUUUAUCCAGGAACUGGAGGUCUUCAUGAACAAGGAAAGGGUCCUGGUCUUGAAUAUAUGGUCAAUUUGCCUUUAAAUAAAGGUCUAAAUGAUGAGAGUCUUUUAAAGUUGUAUAAUGAAAUAAUAGAACCAACUGUUAAGAGAUAUAGACCCAAUAUAAUGGUGAUUCAAUUUGGGUGCGAUGGUCAUUUUUCGGAUGAACACAAACAAUGGAAUUUGACAUACAAGGGCUAUGGAGAUGUUUUGGAAAAAUUAAUUGAAUUGAAGAUUAACAUGAUGGUAUUAGGAGGAGGUGGGUAUAAUAAUAAAAGCGUAUCGAAAUGCUGGACUUAUUUAACGGCAAUAAUCGCAGGAAAACGGUUAGAAGCAGAUAAAGAUUGGGAUUUGAUUCCUGAUCAUGAGUAUAUUGAAGAGUAUGAAAAAGAUAGUUUUAUGUUUUGG